AUGGAUUUUGGUGCCUCGGCGAGAGGAAAGGCAGCGUGGCGGCAAAGGUGUAUCCUACAGACUUUGAAGAACAAACUAGGUAGGAAUGUCGGCACUGCACCUGCUGCAAUGGAGUUCAUGGCGGCGUUUGGCCUCAACCCCGAGCAGUGUGGACUUUCCCGAUCUCUGGAGAAACCUGUAGGCCAUAGACACCUUUAUGGACUGAUAAGAGCGUGUCUGAACUUGGCGCGACGUUUCAUGGUCCCUAACAGGACACGAGUAUCUUGGCAAUAUAGGGCAAGCGACGGGUUGGCCGAGUAUGGUACUGAUGCUGCUCCAUUAAUCAAGGAUUUAUCCUGUCUCUGGCGAAUUGGGCAAUAUGCAUCUUGCCCACUAGGCGAGGUUACUCGGAAUAGGACAGCACUAGGGAUUGGUGACUUGCAUCUGCUUUGCCUCCAUUAGCUGGCCACUUGAGCAUAUAGUCAAAGUCUCCAGCUUUUCCACUUGUCUUGGAGGUACCGAUCUCAAAUUGGUAUCACAUUCAGUCUCAGAAAA